AUGGCAAAGUACUACCCUUGGAAAGAAGGGUUUGUGUUACCAGUCAGGAAAAUUAACCCCAAGCAGACCCCGCCAGCCCCUCUAGCAGCGGCUGAAGAGAAAAAGAAGUUACCUCCAAACGGUCCCAGCAGCGGCGACGGCGGCCAGUCGCGGGAGGCCGACAGGGUCCGGCGCGGCGGCGGCGGCGGCUACCGCAGUGCCCUCCGCCCCAUUGUUUCCCUUCCAGGAGGCUCCCGGCAAAGCCGAGCCCGGGAACCAGGAAGUUCCCCGGCGCGACACCUCCUGCCGCCGCCGCUAUGGAAACGGCCCCCGCCUUCCCCAGGGCGGCUCGCCCGGGACCCCGCCUCCGCGCCGCCGGCCCCGCCCGCCUCACCGGCCGCCAACAGUCGCCGCUGCGGCCGCGGCCGCCGCCAUCUUGGCGCGGGCGGGCAGCCCCUGCCUUCCCGGCGGCACGUGCGCUGCUCCCGCGCUCCCGCCGGGCGCGCUCCCGCGGGGCUGCAGGGGGAGGCCACUUGCCCAAGCCCCUCUGCAGGAAGACGGUGUCCGCGGACCCGGCAGCGCCGGGAGAUCGCUCCAGAACUACGCAUGGGCUUGGACCAAUGCUGUGUCUGA